UUUGCUGCUGAACCUGUGACUGGCAGGAGGGAAGGAAGUGACUGACAGCACAGUGUGGCCGACUUUCAGAAGGAAUAGUCCAGUUUCUGGGCCAUUUUUGUAAAAGAAGACAUUUGGAGUAUCUUCUUGUUUUGAUCCUCUGGGUCUGUAGGCCCCAGUCAGGAUGAGCUGUAUUCCUGCCUCACACAGUAUGAGCACCAUUCUAAGUCAAGUAGAAUCUCAGAUGGAGGACAGUCCAGGUCAGAGAAGAGGGAGCAAAGCCUACCAGAUCUUCCCUGAAGCCAACACGGAUGAAGAUGGAGAUUCCAGCUCCUAUCCUGAAGACUUUCUUUACAAGAGGGAACGUCUUCCUUCUAUAGUUGUGGAGCCCACAGAGUGCAAUGAGCCAGAGAACGGGGAGCUGCGCUGGCCUCCACGAUCCCUAUUGGGCCACAAUGUGGAGGAGGAGGAGGAGGAGGAAGACAGCAGUGUUGAUCACACAGACGGUUCUAUGGAUACAGAGCAGCAGGAGGACACGGGGAUGGAAGAAGGCUCGAUUGCGAGGAAGUCUUCCAUCGGACCGUCCCAGAGUCAACUGUCCCUCUCCCGGCUGACCCCUCCCGCCUCCCCGACUCCCCCUGAGGCCGCCCCACCCUGCCUGAGGAGCUGAACCGGUGCAACCAGUAUGGACUGAUGGCACUGUAGUUCACCUGAACUGUAACUUUUAUGAUGUGUAACCUCUGCGUGUUUGACUUUCCCAAUGAAAGAGAAACCCUAUGGGAAGGUUGAGAUGACUACACAUUUCAGAAUGUCUGCACUAAGUAUGGUCCAUUUCUAAUAAGUAACACUAAGCAGAUUCCAGUACUGCUAUUUUUGGAUUGAUACCUCUAGUUUAAAUUAAUUUGUGCUGCACUUUGUGGGCACUCUAUCUGACACGGUGGACUAAAGGUAACCAGAGACCGUAGCAACACCCUCCUGGACUCUUUCCUUUGCGACUCAAACCUCAUCCCAUGGCAAAUAAGCAUGUGAUCAACGACUGUCAGGGCCAGUUUACUAAUCGCUAGCAUGAAAGCUCAUCCCAGGCCCAGCAGUUGUAGUUGAAGUGGCCUGUGUGGGUGUUUUUAAAUGAAGGACUUUAGGAAGUCCCAAUGGUUUGAACUAAGUUCUGACCAAUACGGUUUAUGACAGUUGUUCCCAACUGGUCCAGCAACGGAGUCAAGAUUUCUCUGUGGUCAUUAGUUCAAGGUCCACACAGUUUAAUGUAUUCCACGUCAAACUUGGCCAUGUCAUUGAGCUCUUCAAAAUGAAAGCUCUGUGCUGCAAAUUCACUGUACUUUAAAAAAGAGUGCUUUUUACAAACUUGACACAUUCGUGAAUCGCUUGCGGUCCAUUCAGAACGGACCCACGACCCACCAGUUGGGAACCACUGGUUUAUGAGGUCUUGAUGGACCACAUUUUGUGCCGGCAUUGAAUAUUGUUAAAUGACAUCACCAAAUAAUUCUUAUUUUUAUGUGUCAGGGAGCAUAAUCCUCUUUAAUGGGAUUUAGACCAUGUCGAGACAACACAGCUCUAAAUUCGUACAAACCCUCAUUAUUGAAAAGAUUUGCUGCAACGCUUAUCCUGACCUUAUUCUCAGAUAUUCUCUGCGUGUCUGUAUUCUGUGUGCAGUCCUUCAAAAUAUUCAAAUUUAUACAGGGAAGUCACAUCAUUGUGAACCGGAUCAUGUGUACUGAACAUAAACGGUUACAGUGAUUCGUUAAUAUCCUAUUUUUUAAUAAGAUGCUGUUAUCAACAGCUUUCUAUAGGUCCACCCUUAUGUCAAAAAAGUGAAAAGAAUAUAAUAGCCCUGUGACUGUUUGUUGAGAACUUCAAUGUUAAUUGUUUUAUAACCAAAGUUGUUUGAUAUUCUGCUUUUUCCUUUGGCUUAAAGGAGGAAACAUUUAGAAAUCUAAAACUCCUGAUUCAUUAUAAAACACUUUAGUUUUUUACAGAUGCAUCAUGUGUUUGUCACGCUUGCUUUGUUGACUGACUUUGGUGAGGACUCCUGAAUAUAACGAAACAUUAUGAAAUGCUGCUACAGUCCCAGAUGGACAAAGCUGAGUGAGAGUCCAGAUGUUCUUUACUACUAACACAUGAAAUGUACAGUAAAGAGAAGAGAGUAAUGUAGAACUUUUGUAUCAUGUUUCUGUGUAAUUCUACUGUAGUGAAACCUCUGUGUGCACUUUUCCUUGAUGUUCCGCCAGGUAAGCCUGGAUUGCUAUUGUACAACAAUAAAGUU